CUGCAGCCAGUCCACCACCACCACCACAACCACACAUGGACAAACCUCGCACCGCCUGGCUGGACGGCCUCCGCGGCCUGGCAGCUGCGAUUGUCGCCUUCAACCACUUCUUCAUGGGCGGGAUCUUCGACUUCGCCUUCCACUCAUACUGGGCCGACCCCCCCUCAGCCAACCGACACUUCAUCCAGCUGCCCCCGGUCCGCCUCCUCUUCUCCGCACACGCAAUGGUGGCUCUCUUCUUCGUGAUCUCCGGCUAUGCCCUGAGCAUCAACCUGCUCCGUCUCCGCGAUACGCCGUUCUCCUCGCUGACGGCGUCCGCCUCCGCGCACAACCAGACCCUCCUCCGCGGUCUCGCCUCCGCCACCACCCGCCGGAUCUUCCGCAUCUACCUGCCUGUCUUCCUCGUCGCCAUCCUCUCGCAGCUGCUGUUCUUCUGCGGACUGUACCACUGGUCGUUUGGCGACGACGUCGUCUGGGGCCGCCGGCCGUGGACCGCCCCGACGUUCCACUUCACGUACCUCCUACGCUAUCUGCUGGAUAUCGUGAAUAUCAUCCAGUUCCACCAUAACCCCGGCCUGAACGGGCAGUUGUGGACCAUGCCCAUCGAGUUCCGCGGUAGUCUGAUGGUCUACCUGGUCAUCCUGGCGAUGGCCUUUUGGCGCAGGGAGAUGCGCGUUGUUGGGGUCGCCGGACUGGCGUUGUAUUUCUUGUGGUAUGGGAUCUGGGAUGGGGUCGGCUUUCUCGGUGGGUUGGGUGUUGCGGAGCUUGCGCAGGGGCUGGGUGCUGCGGAGGUGGUGCUGGGCAGGAAAGAGGGCGAGUAUGGCCUGUCGACCGCGUCUGCCAGGCUGAGGCAGAAGCUGCGGACGCUGGUGACGGUGCUCUGCUUUGUUAUGGGCUUGCAUCUGCUUUGUCUGGGGGAUGACGGGGUGCUCACGCCUGGGUACCAGUGGCUGGUGGCGCUGCAGUCGCCCCGGUGGGAUGACGACUGGGCGAUUGUGAGCAAGUCUUGGAAGACGGUGGGUUCGCUGCUGGUGGUGUAUGCGAUUGAUCGUGUGGAGGUGCUGCAGCGGGUGUUGGAGAGGCCCACGCCGCAGUUUUUGGGCAAGAUCUCGUUCUCGCUGUAUCUGGUGCAUCAGUCGGUGUAUCAUGUUGCCAGGGAUCCGGUCCGGAAUGGUCUGUGGUGGAUUAUGACCGGGCAGCAGUAUCCGGCCACGGAUGAGGAGGCCAUUGCUCUGGGGAUUGGCGCGUUUGUGGUCAGUUUGGGCGUCACGGCUGUGGUCAUGGGGGUAUUGGUGGUUUGGCUGUCGAGCUGGUGGACGAGGGUGGUCGAUGCUAGGUGUGUGCGGCUGUCGAGGAGGAUAGAUGAGUGGUUAUCUCGGUGA